GUUCAAUCAUUGUCAUGCACGGUGGAUGUUCAAGAAAACGGAGCUCCAAUGCCCACACCCCCUGACAUGAUGCAUGCUAAGAAAAAAGAGCUCAUGAGUAAUGCCAUGAAGAGAACUACUGAAUGGAUUUCCUCCCAGGACAUCCCUAGUGAUGUUACAAUCAACGUAAGAGGCGUUUCUUUUUCAUUACACAAGUUUCCAUUAAUGUCAAAAUCUGGUUACAUGAGGAAACUUAUGUCAAACUUUAAAGAGAGUGAUCACAAUCACAUAAUCGAAAUCAAUGAUAUCCCAGAAAACUAUGCAAUUGGAAACUUAAUAGCAAGAACCGAGGCAUAUAUAAACGAAGUGGGACUUAAAUCAUUGACUUCUGCUGUUUCCAUUUUACAAUCAUCAGAAACCCUCUUGCCAAUUUCUGAAAAUGUUAAACUUGUCACUCGUUGUGUAGACAGUAUCGCGUUCAUAGUCAUGAAAGAAUGCGAGUUCUCUAUGUCAGCAAGUGGAGGAUGUAGUAGUGAUGGAUUGGAUUCUUCAUCUUCUUCAUUUUGUCAUCUAAAAGUUGUUGAUUGGUGGGCUGAAGAUUUGAUUGUUCUAAAAAUUCAUACCUUUCAAAGGGUUCUCCUUGCAAUGAUUUCAAGGGGUUUCAAUAAGUGUGCAUUUGGUCCGAUUCUAACACUUUAUGCCCAAAAGUGUCUCCAAGAUUUGGAGAUAUUACCAAUCGGCAAGAACAAAAGUGACCCAAAUCAAGAAAACGAGAAAAGGGUAGUUUUGGAAACAAUAGUUAGUCUCUUACCAAGAGAAAAAAAUGCCGUUUCAGUCAAUUUUCUUUCAAUGCUACUUCGAUCUUCAAUACACCUUGAAACAACAAUGGCAUGUAGGCUUGAUUUGGAGAAAAGAAUAGGGUUACAACUUGAACAAGCUAAGAUUAGGAAGCUCAUGGAGAGUUAUUUUGCUGAAAUUGCUUCGGAUUGUAACUUUUCGGUGUCAAAAUUUGUAAAUCUUGUUGAAUGUUUACCGAAGCAAGAAUGGGGAAUAGAGGAUGGAAUCUAUAGAGCUAUUGACAUCUACUUGAAGGCUCACCCGCUUUUAGGUGACACUGAAAGAAAGAAGCUUUGCAAUUUGAUAAACUUUCAAAAGCUAACCCAAGAAACGCUUGCCCAUGCUGCCCGAAAUGACCGACUUUCUGCUGAAACGGUAGUUCAAGUUCUUUACCAUGAACAACAACAAUUAAAAGAUAAGGUAGAUGAUGCUGGAUCUGGAGUUCUAAACCCAUUACCAGAUGAUCUUUCAAGUUUAGAAAAAGAAAACCAAGAUCUUAAAUUCGAGCUUUUGAAAGUGAAAAUGAAAUUAAAAGAGAUGAAAAUAUCACAUUGUGAUAAAUCACCAUUGAUUCGAAGAUCAUUCAUGAACACCAUAUCAAAAAGGCUUGUGAAAUUUACUCCGUUUUUGAGGGCUGAUCAUGGUGUUUCACCUUCUGUUACUAAAAGCACGAAUAAGCUAAGUAAAGACAGAAGGCAUUCUAUUUCUUGA